AUGGCUCUCAUCGUGGAUAAGCAUCGGCCACGGUCAUUGGAUACAUUGACCUAUCACCAUGAAUUAUCAGAACGCCUCAGAUCUCUUGCGCAAAGCAGCGAUUUCCCACAUCUCCUUGUUUACGGCCCGUCUGGGGCAGGGAAGAAGACAAGAAUAGUAGCGACUCUAAAGGAACUGUACGGACCAGGUGUAGAGAAGAUCAAGAUCGACGCCCGCGUUUUCCAGACAUCCAGCAACCGCAAACUCGAGUUCAACAUUGUCUCAUCCAUCUACCACAUGGAGAUAACGCCUUCGGAUGUGGGGAAUUACGAUAGAGUUGUUGUGCAGGAUCUAUUAAAGGAGGUCGCCCAGACCCAACAGGUCGACCAGUCGGCGAAGCAACGGUUCAAGGUCGUCGUCAUCAACGAAGCCGAUCAUCUCACACGCGACGCCCAAGCAGCCCUACGUCGCACGAUGGAGAAAUAUUCGCCCAAUCUACGAUUAAUUCUUCUAGCAAACUCGACUGCGAAUAUCAUCGCUCCUAUUCGGUCCAGAACGCUGCUGGUAAGAGUAGCAGCGCCAACACACGAACAGAUUUGCGACGUUCUCGCUCAAUCUGCCAAAAAACAAAACUGGCCAGUUGCAAAGGGGCUUCAUCAGCGGAUAGCCAUUGAAAGUGGUCGCAAUCUGCGAAGGGCGCUACUCAUGUACGAAGCCGUCCAUGCCCAGAAUGAAAAGGUUUCAGACAACACCCCAAUCCCACCCGCCGACUGGGAGGCUCUCAUUGGCCAAAUUGCCAAGGAAAUUAUCGAAGAGCACACUCCCAACCGUAUACUACAAGUCCGCGCCAAACUAUAUGAUUUGUUAACACACUGCAUCCCGCCAACAACGAUCCUAAAAACUCUCACCUUUAAAUUGUUGGCCCUCGUGGACGAUGGCCUCAAGGGUGAUGUAAUUUACUGGUCAGCUUUCUUUGAGCAUCGGGUCAAGACGGGCACAAAGGUCAUCUUUCAUCUCGAGGCCUUCGUUGCUAAGUUCAUGAGAAUCUUGGAAAUGUACCUAAUGAGUGUAGAUCUAUAG